CGGCGCAUCUCCCUUCCCAGUUUUCGUCGGCACGUUCGCACGCGCAGCGAGCCAGUAUUGGACCAGUUGGACCAGGCGCAGCGAGAAGACAGUCGAGACCAGCUGCGCGUGGCGGCCCAGGCGCUGAUCUCGGCAGUCAACGCCGGGAACGCGCCGAUAAGCGAGUUGACCGAGAUUAUCCAGAUGCUCAGCGUGGCGCAGCGGAUGCCGGACACCGUCACGAGUCCCUGCUGCGCCGCCAGCGCGGGAGAAAGUGCGGCGGCUCAGAGCCCGAGCGCGGGCGACGGGGCGCACCACGACUAUCUCUCCGAAUACUCAUCCUCCGCAAUCGUUGCGAGGCCUUGGGGCGGGGGGCGGGCUCCUGCGCCCCCUGUCCGUUCCGGGACUCCGGCCGAGUACCCUGAUCGCUCGCCCAUCCGUGGCUUCCUCAUUGACCUGGACGGGACGAUGUACGAACCCGAGGGCCUCCUCCCCGGUGCCGCCGCCUUUUAUGACUGGUUGAAUGCCUCGCGUACGCCGCACGUCUUCCUCUCCAACACGGGCGCCAAGAAUUCGGGCGGCGUGCAGAAGAAGUUCGGCUCGCCGCCGUUUGAGCUCAGCGAGAAAAAGGUGCCCCUCUCGUGCAUCCUCACCGCCGCGGAGACACAGGUCGACUACCUGCUCAAGGAGGUGCCCCGCGGCGCGCGUCUCUUCGUCGUGUCCGGCGGCAGCGGCACGUGGCGCGAGGACCUCCUCUCGCGCGGCGGCGCCGAGGGCGCGGCGCUGGUUGGGACGUGGGACGUGCGCACCUCGCUGUCGGCUGGCGAGGCCAAGGCGUGGGCGGCGCACCAGGCGCUCUGCCGGCACACUGCAUCAAAGGCGGUGUGGGUCGUGUUCUUUCACGACGGCGAGGCUUUCGGCCUGCUCUAA